AUGGAUCAAGUAAUGGGCGGCGAUCGCCUUCCGCUGGAAACAUGGUUCUGGGAGAUGCCGACAUGCACGCGAUGGUGGACGGCCGCCACUGUCUUGACCAGCGCCCUCGUCCAGUGCCAUAUGGUGACGCCAUUCCAACUCUUCUACAGUUUCCGAGCCGUCUUCAUUAAGUCUCAGUACUGGCGCCUGUUGACGACGUUUCUCUACUUCGGCCCGUUUUCGCUUGACCUGCUCUUUCACAUAUACUUCCUCCAGCGAUAUGCGCGGCUGCUGGAAGAGUCGUCGGGACGGUCGGCUGCGUAUUUCUCCUGGCUUCUCCUCUAUGCCAUGGCGAGUCUGAUUGCUCUAUCGCCGCUUGUUUCCAUGCCAUUUCUCGGGCACCCGCUCUCGUCUACCCUCGUCUAUAUUUGGUCCCGGCGCAACCCCGACACCAGGCUAAGCUUCCUGGGGCUGCUUGUUUUUACCGCUCCGUAUCUGCCGUGGGUGUUGAUGGCCUUUAGCCUGUUUAUGCACGGAACCGUACCGAGAGACGAGAUUAUGGGAGUUGUCAUUGGUCAUGUUUGGUACUUCUUCAAUGAUGUAUACCCGCCGCUGCACAACGGCUCCAGGCCGUUUGAUCCCCCAAGCUGGUGGAGGCGGUUGUUUGAGGGUCGCCCAACAGACGACACCCCCACGGAUAUCAAUGAUAUUAUGGGCGCAGCAGGGAGAGACGUCGCUGCCGUCAAUGUGCGAUGA